CAAAGCAAUCUUUUUUGCUAUUGUCAUAUGUAAAUAUCUUUUUAAUUUAUUUACAAUGUCUGCGAGCAGUUCGAAAAAAAUAACUGUAAACAAUGAAAAUGAAGAUCAGAAAGAAAUAAUAACUAUAGAUGGUGAAGAUCAAGACAAUGAAGAAGAUGAAAUUGCAGUUAUUGACUUUGAAUUGAAACAAAUCGAAUAUGAAAUGCAAAAGCUUGAAGAUCGUAAACAGAUUUUAACUCAACGUAAGGAAAAGCUAAAGGAUGACGCACUUUUGAAAAGAAGUCUCUCUGUAUCAAAGAAGGAUUGGACAAAAGAAGAUUUUAGUUGGUCUAAAGAUCUGAGAAAAGCUUUAAAGGAUGUUUUUAAAAUAGAUAAAUUAAGAGAAUUGCAACUACCAACUAUGAAUGCAAUUAUGUCGAAUGUAGAUGUUAUUUUAAUUAUGCCCACAGGUGGUGGUAAAAGUUUGUGUUAUCAGUUACCUGCUGUUAUUAGUAAAGGUAUUACAAUAGUAGUAUCACCAUUAAUAUCGCUCAUGGAAGAUCAGUUACAUGGAUUACAAAAACAUAAUGUAAAAGCUGGAAUGUUAAGUGCCAAAGGUAGUAAAGAAAAUGUAAAAGUCAUAAUGAAUGCACUGGUGGAUAAGAAAUCUGAUCUUAAAUUAAUUUAUGUUACACCAGAGUACAUGGCAAAAUCUAAUCGCUUUAUGAACAAAUUGCAAAAAGCCUUUGAAAUGAAACGUUUAGAUUGUUUUGCGAUAGAUGAAGUACAUUGUUGCAGUCAGUGGGGUCAUGAUUUUAGGCCUGAUUAUAAAUUUUUAGGAAUCCUAAAGUCUAUGUUUCCAGGUGUGCCAGUCUUAGGUUUAACAGCCACUGCACCAGCUAAAAUUAUUGUGGACAUUCAGAAGAUGUUAGAUAUUCAAGGUUGUCUAGUUUUAAGAGCUACUUUUAAUAGACCAAAUCUAUUUUACGAAGUUCGACGAAAACCAACAGAUAAAGACACAUGCUUAGCUAUGAUAGAAAAUUUAUUAAAAAAUAGAUUUAAGGAUAAAUCUGGCAUAAUUUAUACAACUACUAUCAAAGAUGCAGAACAAUUGACAACUGAUUUAAGAGCAUUGGGCUUGAAAGUUGGAUGCUAUCAUGCAAUGUUAGAGGCAGACUAUAGAUCAGAAGUAUAUUCUAAAUGGAUAUCAGGAAAAUAUCAAGCUGUAGUUGCCACUAUCGCGUUUGGAUUAGGUAUAGAUAAACCAGAUGUAAGAUUUGUUAUUCAUCACUGCAUUUCAAAAUCAAUGGAGAACUUUUAUCAAGAAAGUGGACGUGCGGGCAGAGAUGGAAAAAAGGCUGUGUCCAUAGUAUUAUAUAGGUUAUUAGAUGUAUUUAAAUUAAGCACAAUGGUGUUUCAAGAUAAAGUUGGUUUACAAAAUUUAUACAAAAUGCUAGAAUAUUGUUUAGAUCAAACAUCAUGUAGACGUAGUUUGAUCGCAGUACACUUUGAAGAAUCUUGGACUAGAAAUGAUUGUGCGGAAAUGUGUGAUCAUUGUCGGAAACCUAAAGAGAGUAAACAAGUGAAUAUAGCUCCUUAUUGUCGACAUUUAUAUCAAUUCAUGACCAGAGCAGUACAAAAUGAAACCAGAUUGACUGCCUUAAAGCUUAUAGAUGCCUGGUAUGGUAAAGGUGCCACAACAUUAAGAAUAUCUUCUAUACCAAUACCGAAAUUCACAAGAGAAUCAGGAGAAGCUAUAAUAGGACAUUUACUCGGAAACGGUUAUUUACAAGAAGAUUUUCAUUUCUCUGCAUAUUCUACAAUUUCCUACUUAAAACGUGGACCCAAAGCAGCAUUAGCACUGGAUGAUACUCACGAAAUACUUUUUAAUUAUGAAUUGCACUAAUCUAUAUAAAUAUAUUAUGAUCUGUGAUAUAGUAAUAAGUUUUUCAUUAUCAAAAAGACACAUGCCAUUAAGUAAACAGAACACCAUUUGUAACUUUUAAAUGUUCCUAAUCAUCAACAAUAUAUUUUAUGUAUAUCAUUGUCAAUGAUAUUUUAUAUAGCACUUAUGAUAUCUUGAGUUUAAAAUAGUUUGUAAAAUGAUAAUCGUACUCUACAUGUUAUACAUUUCAUACAUUUUUAUAUUCAAUAACAAAAGGUUUUUUUAUCAGUAUUCAUAGAAAAGAAAGUUCUCAGAAAAUAAUAAAAACGAUUUUUGAUGUAAA